GCGGCUGAUUAUGUUCGUUUAUGCCACCAGACUGAGGCUGUCCCAUCAGUAGCCGCCAUCUUGCUAUAACACCUGGUAGCGUUGUUUCCUCCUCAUACACACACACACAGCACAGUCGGUUCUUUUGAAGCUGUUCACUGACAUUCGAUUUGACGUGCAAGUCUGAGACCUUAACGUGUCUGCUUGAAGCGUGUACGUUCUCUUUGUACAGAUUCUACUCUCUCAACAGCUAUUCAGUAAAGAGAGUAAGCUGAUAGGCGUCGAUAUUUCUAACACAAACGAGAGCGAUGUCUGGCCGAUUGCCUGCCGUUGUCAUUGACAAUGGCACCGGGUAUACAAAGAUGGGCUACGCUGGCAACACAGAGCCACAGUUUAUUAUUCCAUCAUGCAUUGCCAUCAAGGAAUCAGCUAAAGUUGGCGAUCAGGCAAUUCGACGACUUGGCAAAGGAGUUGAAGAUUUGGAUUUCUUUAUAGGAGACGAAGCUUUAGAUGCUUCCUCUUAUUCAGUCAAGUGGCCAAUCCGACAUGGUAUUAUUGAUGACUGGGAUUUGAUGGAACGAUUUUGGGAACAGACUAUUUUUAAAUAUCUACGUUCUGAACCAGAAGAUCAUUAUUUUCUAUUGACUGAACCUCCUUUAAAUACACCUGAAAAUCGUGAAUACACUGCUGAAAUUAUGUUUGAAUCUUUUAAUGUACCUGGUUUGUACAUAGCUGUUCAGGCAGUCCUAGCCUUAGCAGCUUCUUGGGCCUCUCGUCAAGUUGGUGACCGUACACUGACAGGUACUGUGAUAGAUUCCGGAGAUGGUGUGACACACGUUAUUCCUGUGGUAAGUAAUUUAUUGGCUUUGGGCAUGCAUGUAUGUCAAGUUACUUUAACUGAGUAUGGAGCAUGUCUUAUGGAUAAAAGUUGGUUGUCUGCCAAAGAAAAUCAUAUCUGGAGAGUUGCAUCAGCUAUUGCUGAGCGAUUUUGCUACGUCUGUCCUGAUAUAGCUAAAGAAUUCAACAAGUAUGAUCAAGAUCCUACGAAGUGGAUCAAAAGAUUUGAUGGUUUAAACAGCGUGAACAAAAGCCCUUUCAGUGUAGAUGUUGGUUAUGAACGAUUUCUUGGACCAGAAAUUUUCUUCCAUCCAGAGUUUUCAAACCCUGACUUUACCAUUCCAAUUUCUGAAAUAGUGGACAAUGUCAUCCAGAAUUGUCCUAUUGAUGUGCGUCGAGGUCUAUAUCGGAAUAUUGUUUUGUCAGGAGGUUCUACCAUGUUUAGAGAUUUUGGUCGUAAGCUACAGAGAGAUGUCAAGAGAAUAGUUGAUGCUCGCCUGAAAGCUAGUGAAGAACUUGGCGGAGGUAGAUUAAAGCCAAAACCUAUUGAAUGCCAGGUCAUAUCUCAUCACAUGCAACGUUAUGCAGUUUGGUUUGGUGGUAGUAUGCUUGCUUCAACGCCGGAAUUCUACCAAGUAUGCCAUACCAAAGCUGAUUAUGAUGAACAUGGGCCUAGUAUAUGUCGCCAUAACCCUGUGUUUGGCUCGAUGACGUAAUUCUGCAAUUGGUUCAUUUAGGGCUGAUGCUGGUUAAAUUUUAAUAAAAAUAAUGAUGAUGAUAGCAACAUCAACAAAUAAAAUAUGAUGCUGCCAAAACCAUACAUACUAUGACUGUAACAACAAAAACAAAAGCAAAAAAAAGUUAUGAAAAACAAAUUUUUAAGAAUUGAACAGAAGGGGGAAAAAAUGAAUGAUAUUAAUAAUAAUAAUAAUAAUAAUGAUAAUGUUAAUACAAAGGGUGGAAAACGAAAAACUUUUUACCCUAGAACCAAAUGAAAGACCGCAAUUUAUUCCAUUGUUGGUUGUUAGUUGUACAUUUUCUAACAGUACUAACACUAAUUGUAUGGUAACCUGCAGUGUAUAAAAUAUUUUUUCAGAAGA